CUAUUGGUCUCUUAGUAAGACCAAUUCUGACUAGGAAAUGGACACUUCAUUGCUCUUCUUAAUUUUCUCUUCCUUCAUUGCUCUUCCUAUGCGAACCAGCUUUCCUGGACCUGGAAUGAAACACAGAAACAGUAGUAAUCUAAAAUUUCAACAAGCUAAGCACUGAUUUCAUCAAAACGGAAAAAGCAUAAAAAAAGGAUGUGAAUAUAAGAUUACGAUAAAACCAGUAAGCUGUAAAUCUCAGUAAGAAGAAAGUCAGAUGUGAAUAUAAAAUUACGAUAAAACCAGUAAAUCUGAUUUUGUGAGUCGAGUGUCCUCGAUUCGACACUAUUUGUCACUUAGAAAUUAUAUGAAUCGAAUGCGAUGAGGUUUCGGAUUAAUUGAUGAAAGGGGUUGGUGGCGGGAAUGACUUGGAUCUAAUGUGGGACCUCUGAAGCUGUAAAGUCGGGUUUUUUAAGCUCAUGGUGGUUGGUGACUUGGUGUUAGGUGAAGCUCUGUUUCUUCAUCCCCUUCGUCUCACUCUGGGGUUCCUUGAUUUGUGCUAGAAUCAAACAAAUUUGGAUAACAAUGUCGUCGUCUUCCUCCUCCGAACAACCUCGAGUCAUAACCUGCAAAGCUGCGGUGGCAUGGCGUGCUGGUGAGCCACUGGUUAUGGAGGAAGUGGAAGUGAGUCCACCUCAACCCCUUGAGAUCAGAAUUAAAGUUGUCUGUACAUCUCUCUGUCGUAGCGACCUCUCCGCUUGGGAAUCUCAGUCUCUUUUGCCCCGAAUAUUUGGCCAUGAAGCUGCAGGUAUAGUGGAGAGCAUAGGGGAAGGCGUAACCGAGUUUGAGAAAGGAGACCACGUGCUCGCUGUAUUUACUGGAGAGUGUGGGUCAUGUCGGCAUUGUAUGUCUGGAAAAAGUAACAUGUGUCAGGUUCUUGGAAUGGAGAGGAAAGGUUUGAUGCAUAGUGAUCAGAAGACACGCUUCUCCAUUAAAGGCAAACCUGUUUACCAUUACUGCGCAGUUUCAAGUUUCAGCGAGUACACUGUGGUUCACUCUGGCUCUGCUGUUAAAGUCAAUCCUCUGGCACCUCUGAACAAGAUUUGUCUUCUGAGCUGUGGAGCAGCUGCAGGUCUUGGUGCAGCAUGGAAUGUUGCUGAUGUACAAAAAGGUUCAAGUGUUGUGAUAUUUGGUCUUGGAACUGUUGGUCUUUCGGUUGCUCAAGGUGCCAAACUCAGAGGAGCAGCUCAAAUAAUUGGGGUUGAUAUAAACCCAGCUAAGGCUGAACAAGCAAAGACAUUUGGUGUCACGGAUUUCAUCAAUUCAAACGACCUCUCUGAACCCGUUCCCCAGGUAAUCAAAAGAAUGACAGGAGGAGGUGCGGAUUUCUCAUUUGAAUGCGUUGGUGAUACAGGAAUAGCUACAACUGCUUUACAAUCGUGCUCAGAUGGAUGGGGCAUGACCGUUACUUUAGGUGUACCGAAAGUGAAGCCUGAAGUUUCAGCUCAUUACGGACUUUUUCUUUCUGGGAAAUCUUUAAAAGGGACUCUUUUUGGUGGUUGGAAGCCUAAAUCUGAUCUUCCUUCGCUCAUUGAAAAGUACAUGAACAAGGAGAUCAUGAUCGACGAAUUGGUCACGCAUAACCUUGCGUUUGAUGAUAUCAACGAAGCUUUUAAGCUUAUGAGAGAAGGAAGGUGUCUGCGUUGUGUUCUUCACAUGCCAAAGUAAUGUCUUUGGAAUCACAUGUAUAGUUUUAAGAAAUGAAGAAAGAAUCUGCUUUUUUGUUUUCUAGAGCUGAUGCGAUGGAUUUCUCUUGCUAUGUGAAACAAAAGUGAUGGUUCCAUUAAGAUAUGAGACUCAGUUUU